UGUGUUCUUUAUAAUAUUUUAUAAAAUAUUCUAGAAAUUUAUUAUAUUCUUUCUGUUCUCAAUAAUGUAUAAUUUAUUUUAUUAAAUUGUAAAAAAAAUGGAAUAUACUUUAAAAGAUACCCAUGAAGAUUUAACAGAUUUGCAAGUACAAAUGCGAAAAGAAAUUGAAGAUAUAGCAAAUGUGUUAACAAAUAAUAAAAUUACUGUUUUUAAAGAAUCAUGCACGUCAGAAGAAGUGAAAAUGAAACAACAUAAGAUGGCUUAUAAUAUAUUGAAACACAUUCCAAAAAUACCACCAAAAGAUUAUCCCAUUCCUAAAACAAUUGAUAUUCGUAUAGAUACAUUAAAUGAUUUGGAAAAAGAAAUUUUGAAUGCUCAAAGUCUUUUAGAAAAAACGCAACAACAACUCCAGAGUAUUGAAAAGGAUAUUGUUUAUUUAGAAAAUAAAAAGAACGGUUUUAAUAAGAUGCGUGAAAUGUAUUUAGUUUCUGAACAAACAUUAGAAAGUAAAACAUAUGAUGAUGAACUUAGCAUGACUAAAAGAUUAUUUCGGGAUACAAAGGAAGAUUUGCAUAACGUAGUAGAGAUGCUAUUUCCAGAAAAUGAAAAAUUUUCAAAUUUUUUAUCAGCAUUAGUAUCUGCAUAUACAAAAGGCGGUGAUGACAUUUAUGUGGAUGUAAUCCCAGAAACAUUAGAUGCUGUAAAAUUUUUAGUGGAAGCAGAUAUUGCUACAUAUCAUCCUAAUGAUAAAAAUAAAAUUAAAAUGGUAGAAUUACUAUGAAACAAUUAAUUCAUUUAUGUAUUACUUUUUAUACAAUAUGACAUAACAUUUUAAUCUGAACUAUUCUUUUUUACAAUUAAUAUUACGAGAGAAAUAUCGAAU